UUUCUGCAUUUGAGACAUAGGACACAAAAUUGUUCAGUUGAGGAUCAUUUCUCGUGCCGAACACAUUUACUACUCAUUGCUGUGAAAUCAGACUAAAACCUCUUGUUGCUGGCGAAAAAGUGCAUUUAUCAAAAAAUUUAGUGCUAAAUUUGUUUCAUUUAAACGAAAAAAUAUCGUCCAUCGUCUUAUUUAGAGGAAAAAAUAGUGCGUAUUAAGUAAAGAUAUUCGAAAAUAAUGGGACGAAAAUCGAAAGCAAAGGCUAACAGAAAUAAUCAACAAGAUAAUAUAAUAGUGCAAAAGACAAAUCAAACCGCAACGAAUUCAGUUCCCCAAAGUGCUUCUGAAGAAGUGAUACCUAAUACAACAAGUGCACUCGAAUCAAGCAAAAAUCUUCCAGAGCAGUUAACACCUUUAAAAUUUGAAAUAGAAGAAAAAGCUACUGAAAAUGUCCAAGAAGCUGAAAGCCCCUCUAGUUCGUUCACCACAAGCAAAAAGAAGAGAAAUAGAAACAAAAAUAAAAAGAAGAAUCAACAUACUCAAGAGGCUGAGGCAAAACUAACUGUAAGUGAAGUAAUUGCUCAAAAAGACCCUCAAGAUGGUAUGUCAAUUUCUGAACAGACCCAAAAUAAGGACGAAAAACCCGAAGAAACAUUAAAUGUUUCAUCAGAUCAAAGUAAGAGCAAUAAAGCGGAGAAUGCAGAAAGAACAAAUCAAGAGGCGUCUGUUGACGAAAAUAGAAUGAAUGAGGUGGUGAAAGAUUUUGUUGAAAAUACCGAUGAAAUUCGUGACAGGAUUGUAGAAAAAAAUCGUGAGAUACACAAAAAUCUUACAGAACUUUCACCACAAAUUGAAGUAUCCGAAGGAUUAGAUGACAAAUCUUCUAAAGAGGUGGAUAAAAAAAUUGUUGAAGACAAAAUUGCGAACAACAAAAAACCUGAAACUAGAGGUAAAGCUGAAAAGGGACAAGAAGAAGGAAGUCAAUCCCAAAAGACAAAUCAAAAGGAAAAUCAGAAGAAGGCAGGAAAAAAUAACAAUAAAAAUACAAAAAAGGAUUUCACGACGCUUAAAUUAUUGGAAACCAAAGAUAACAAUAAUUCUGAACCACCACAAAUGGAAAAUAUUCCAAAAACUGACAAUAACAAAGAAUUAAAAGAAGCCACGAACACUACUGCGCAAAUGGACGUUCCUGUUCCAGAUCCAAUCACUGUCCAAAUUUCCCAACCUCUUGUAAUUACUCCUGAGCUUUGCAAAAACAAACUUGAAGAACUUAGUACCGAAUCAACUCUUGCUCAGCUAAUUGAGCUAGUUUCAAAUACAGAUAUACCUCUUCAAGAUAUCUGUCCCGUUGAUGGUAAGGAGAAGAUGGCUGAAUUUCAAAAACCAAUAGCUGAGACUGGUGCAGCUUUGAAAGAACUUGUUAACGUAGUUGCAAGUAUUGAAGUAAUGCCAAAAAACGUACAACCAAUAGCCGAAGACAAAAGUGAUAAGGUUCUUAAGAACAAAAAGGGAAAACCACAAAAAAUAAACCAUAACAAAUCGUCAGAUCUACAAAAACCAGUACAAGAUGCCAAAAAGUUAGAUUCAAAAAAUAAAGAUGUAAAACUUCCAGGACAAAAUAAAGACAACAAACAUACUAAAGAUGCUAAAUUGGAAGAAGACAUACAAGAAAAAAGCAUUGUUGAUGAAAAAGUAGAACUUAUGCAAUGCCAGAAGAUGGAUAAUGUAGAGAUUAUUUCACAAAUUGAAGAUCAUAAACCAGUAAUGCAAGAAGACAUCCCUUUAAUUUCCGAAGAAAAUGCAAAAAAUGAAAAUAAAACUGAUCUGAAAGAACUUUCAAAUGUAGAAGAAUCGGAAGUUAAGCAGAAAACUAGUCCUAAAAUAACCAAUGAUGACUUGCCUCCUAUUACUUCAAAUGACUCAGUGGAACUCGUAAAAGAAAAGAUCACUGAAGCACCUGAAGCCCUCGAAACAAAAUUAGAAAAAUCCAAAGGCAACGAAAUUGAAAUAAAUAAAUUGCCACAUGAAGUUACGAAAACGGAAGCAUUUCAUAAAGAAGAUGCUAAAAAAAAUAGUGACGAGAUUACGGAGAUCGUUUCAGAUCCAGAUUCAAUAAGAAAAUCUCUAAAUACAACUCCUACCACAUCCAAGAGGAACAAAGAAGAUUUGAAUAUAAAGGAAGCCAAUGAAAAGAAUGAGGCUAAAGCUAAGGAAUCUCCAGAAAAAAAUCCCCAAGAAAAAAUGGAUGCUAUAACUUUUGUUCCGGACAAGCUCAUUGAUAUUUUGGACACUAAGAUGCAAACACCAUCCUCAAAAACAGGUGCUAUAAAGAAAAUUCCAAAGCAAAAGGAUGUCCAAGGAAAAGAAAGUUGCGAAAUGGCUGCACAGACACAAAUCACUGUUUUGCCAACAUUUGAGGACAAGAUAAAAAUUCCUGAAGAAUUAAAGGUGUCUCAAGAACCAAAGAAAACGAUUAAACAUGAUCAACAGAAACAGGAAAAAAGUAAUAUAAAUACAAAUCAAAAGACUUCAACAAAAUCUACUACAUCGAACCUUCCUAAAAAACCUGAAAUUCCUCCGAAACCUGAACAUCUGGAUAAGAAAUCUCCUAAUCGACAAGAUAAUGUGAAAAAAACUGUACAAGGAGUAACAAAGAAACCACAAAUUUUAUCAGAUGAUGAAGAUGUGUUCAUCGAGUACAAAUUCACACCGAGACAAGUUUUCCUCGCCACAAUUUGUCAAGUUUGCAAAAUUGCUCUACAGAAUCCAAAUACAUGCCCUAGUUGCCUAAUGGUGUCCUAUUGUAGUGAGGCCCAUUCAAAAGAAGAUGCUGCAAUUCAUCAACAACUAUGUCAAGCUAUUCAAGAAAUUGCCAGGAAACGUGGUGGUCAUGUCUACAACAAUGCAAAAAUUUUAUCUAACGAUGACUUCAGAAAUCUGCGUGUUCACACACUUAAUCUCUGCGAAUCCCUAACACAGCGCACCCUUCUACCUUUCGAGAAAGAAAUUCUUCUUUUUCCUCGCAUCUGCUGCACACCCACAUGUCGAGAGUGGCGUCCCUCCCUUUUGACAGAGUGUAAAAAAUGUGGUCAAAUCUCAUAUUGCAAAGAUCAACCAAACCACUGUCCAGAAGACCAUCAGCGAUGGUGUCCUUUCUUCCUACUCUACCAAAAACUUAUUAUUCGGCAAAAAAAUACAGGUCGCAUAGAACCUACCCUUCCUUCGCGAAUCUUCUUGCAGCGCUAUGAGCUUCCAUCUGCAAUGGAAGAAGUUUUCAGAGAGCUCUACAAAAAUAAUACUGCUGUUAAAGAUGACUGUACAUAUGCUACUCUCACUCAAUUGGCCACAGCACCACUAACAGCAUUUUAUGCACUUCAAAAAACCGUAAUCAAUGUCCAGGAAUCCCUAACUAUUCAUUUAAUUGGAGCUGAACUUCAAUUCGAGGGUGAUACUUUAGAUAAAUGGGAAGCCUUCUUUUUACAUCUCAUACCUCAAGUUCUAGAACUGAGGGUAGUAUUUAUUGGACCAGAACUCAAUGCGGAAAACUUGCCACUGGACAUCUUAAGCAGAAUCAGAAUGUGUCGAACAUGCCGACAAUCCUGCCGUGGAGUGAAAUUCGACUUUCAAUGUGGAAAGCUGUAUCACGAUUACACAAAGCAGCCUGUAUUCACAAAACCAGACUUGAGUAAAUUAAUUAGAUUGUUCGCAACUUAUAACAUAUUACUAAUUUGCGUUUUUUUAGUUUGUUUCUUCAAUCCAGGACUCUAUAGAACUACAGGAUUUAGUGGCCAAGAUACAUGGCCAGACACCAUAAAAGCUGCGACAUCCAUGAAUUGUCCAAUUCUCGUGACAUCCUACACAGAGUUUGAAUCUCCCCAGGAUCUUGCCCAACUUCACCGUAACUCAACACGUCCUUUGAACUUAAUUCAAGCACCAGCAGUAAAUCCAUUCUCUUCGCAGAGACCAGAAAGGAACUUUAUUUCUGAUGAAGUAUCACCUAUGAUCUUCAAGAAUUACUUUGCGUUCAUCGUGAGUUAAAAGAGAAACUGAUAAAACCAGUAAAACCAUACGGUGUUCCUUUUUUUAUUUGCUGUUAAACUAUUUGAGUGAUUUUUCAAGCAAUUGAUAUUCUAUAAUUUGUUUAUUAUGAUUAUUAUUCGCACGGUUUAUCUUUUCAAUUUUUUCUAAUCAAUUAUUUGCAAUAAACUGAUAUUGAAUUUCCAUA